CCUAAAUGUCCUAAUAUAACUAAAGCCUAGUCCUGGAUGAAUCUAAACCCUGCCCCAUAAUGUUGAGUCCAUAGGUAGUAACAGAUUUUGACAUGUUUAGUCCAGGAGACACUUACCACUUAUAUACCUCUCUAUAACCAAAACGAAGAAACCCAGAAAUAAAACAGCCUCGAUCAAACAGUAUGAUGAAAAUAGGUAAGGCUGUCCUAGCCUCCCUUCGGUUAUGUAACAAGGAACGAGAAACAUAAAGAAAACAUUAUCUGACAGCCAACUGCCUCUAGAGAAAGAUAGAGAUCAUAGUAAACAUACACCAGCUAGCAUGAGUGCACACGCUUAAAUGCGUUUCGCUCGAGUUUCUCGGAAUGAAAAAAAUAAAGCAUCUUGAGGAAAACAUGUAGGUGGAGCAGGGACCAUCCUUCUUCCCUUUGAUGUGAAAGUUACGCAUUCACUAGAGUGCGCAAUUCUCACACACUUCCCCGCGUGAACGGGGUGAACUGUCAGUUUCAUUCAGCCACCAUAACACAAAUCCAAACCAUAGUGAUUUCUUCCGCUUCUCCUUAAUUUAAGUUCUCUUUUACUGUUUCUUCACGACUUGCUUGUUUUUCUUUUGGAGAGCCAGCACUCAGACACCCCAAAUCUGCGGUGCGCGCUCGGUUCAGCAUGCGUUUGGCGCACGGAGAGGACACUUGGCGAGCUUCGGCGAGGGGAUGAUGUUCAACUCAUCGGGUCUAGUAGAUAUCUUUUCGUUUACCCAUCAAGAGAUCGUGUCGGAAGUUUUCAAUGGUUCUUUACUGUUCUACAACGUCUCGAUGGCCAUGUGGAACAAAUCCUGCGGGUUAGAACAAAUACCCGAUUUCACCUCGGCGGAGAAAAUUGUUAUCGGGUUGAUGUUGGCUAUCAUCACCACCGUGACGGUAAUUGGAAAUACGCUGGUUGUGAUCGCAGUGUGCGUGGUUAAAAAGCUCAGACAGCCCUCCAACUAUCUUUUGGUGUCUCUCGCGGUGGCGGAUCUCUCCGUGGCGAUCGUGGUGAUGCCUUUCGUGAUCGUGACGGACCUCACGGGUGGAAAGUGGCUUUUUGGAGAGGUCUUCUGUAACAUCUUCAUCGGAAUGGAUGUGAUGUGCUGCACGGCGUCCAUCAUGACACUGUGCGUGAUCAGCGUGGACAGGUAUCUUGGCAUCACCCGGCCUUUGACCUACCCCGCUCGCCAAAACGGCCAGCUGAUGGCGAAAAUGAUCUUCGGGGUGUGGCUCGUAUCCGCCUCGAUCACGCUGCCUCCAUUUUGCGGAUGGGCAAAAAACGUCAACACCGCCGGCGUCUGUCUGAUCAGCCAAGACUUUGGCUACACCAUCUACUCCACCGCCGUGGCCUUCUACAUCCCCAUGAUCGUGAUGCUCUUCAUGUACUACAAGAUCUUCAAGGCCGCCAGAAAGAGUGGCGCCAAGCAUCGGUUUACCGACUUCACCCGUCGGGAACGCCUGGAGACGGUAGCCAGCGAAGCCCUGAGGAUGCAGGGGCUCAAACCCCAACCCGGCGUCGCAGAGGAGUGCGCCGCUCUUUCUCGUCUGCUGAGCCGCGAGCGACAGAACAUCUCCAUCUUUAAGCGGGAACAAAAGGCUGCCACGACCCUGGGCGUGAUAGUCGGGGUGUUCGGGAUUUGUUGGUUGCCGUUUUUUAUUCUGUCGACAGCCAGACCCUUUAUAUGCGGGGUCAAGUGUAGCUGCAUACCGAUUUGGUUGGAGAGGACGCUGCUAUGGUUCGGCUACGCCAACUCGCUGAUGAAUCCCUUCAUUUAUGCUUUCUUUAACCGGGACCUGCGCUCCACGUACAGGGACCUGCUCCGUUGCCGAUAUCGAAACAUUAACCGCCGUCUGUCGGCUGUGGGAGUUCAUGAGGCAUUGAAAGUUUAAUAAGGCUGAGGGAAAGUGAUUUGGUGCAGUCGAAAGAGACAUAAUUCAUAUGUGACUAACCAAGACUUUUAAAGCCAGUAAAGUGAAGAACAGUGUACAGGAUUGCGAUACACUACACAAUGGCAUUUUAAUGGAGAGCGGGAAUCAUUCCAGCAAGCAAUAGCCAUAAUUUCAUGUUUAGGUGACCAACAUAACAUGGGAGAUGCAUGAUAUUCCAUCAUGUAACUAAAGUCAACAGUGAUUACAAGGUGUUUGGUUUCAUUUAUUUAUUUAUUUUAUUUUAUGUAUUUUUGCGCUUUAGUUAGACGUAUAUAUUCAAUUUCACUGACAGACCAGAUUUAAUAGGUUUUAGCCUAGACGCAUGGGCUGUGUUUAGGCGACAUGUAGACAUCUUUUAAAGGCAAAGUUGCUUGCUGGGAUGGGAAACAUGAUUAUGGACAAUGGGACCAGGGUUUAUAUUUCUUCAGAACACUGAUAUAUCAGUUCCCUUAGGGGCGGUUCACAUAUCGUGCCUUUUGCGCGCUCAAGUUCGUUAUUUUAAAUGUAGGCGUGCGGUAUGCGCGGUCAUAAUGGAAGCGACGCACAUACGGUGCGACGCGCCCGUUUUCCAGGUGCGUCGAGUUAAAAACAUUUGAACUUUUCAGAAUGCCGCAAGCUCAACCAACAGUUUUAGACGCAACAUGUAAACCGCCCCCUUAAAGUGUUUUUCAUAUCUUUAGAUGUUCCAGUUUGGUUUUUAACCCUUUAACUGGCGCAGCGCUUUUUGAGAGGGGGGGAGGUGAAAAGAUGAUGUACACCUUCAAAUUAAUAUAACUAUAAUAUAAUAUAGCAUUUUUUUUUGUCAGGAAGCCUAAUUUUGGUCUUUGGUUUAAAGAAGACACUUUAACGUUUUUAGGAAAGUGUCUGGAGAUGAAAAUAUAAUUUUUUAUAGCAGUUUACAUUUAUUUGUAAUAAAUAAAAAAUGCAGUAUUAUUUUUAAUACAUACAAUUAUCAAAAAACUUGGUUUUCUGCAUACUCCUGUCACAAAUGAAUAAAUUACAGUUACUGCAUUAUUAUUAAUGCUAAAAGGUUUUGAAAUAUGAAAACUACAAAUCUUAUGCUCCUGUAGCCCAUUUGUGAACCUGGACCAGAAAACCAAUCAUAAUUGACCCUUCGCUAAGCCCCGCCUUCCUUACUGUUGCUAUACGCCUGACAAGCUUUCACAUCUGGCAAGUCUAUUAAAGUAUGUUUGCACCGGUCUCAGACAUUCCCAAGGAUAUAAUUAGUAAUUUUUGCCAAACAGGUGAAAUAUCUCAGAGAGCAAGACAAAAGGGACAGCAGUAUGCCUUCGAGGGAUAUAUCAACGACAUAAUAUGAUUAAAUUAAUUAAAUCAAAAUUGAAGCUAAAGUCUAUGGGUCCCAGCGCAAGCAGCAUAUGCUUCAUACGCUGACUAGUCAAAUGGGAAACACAAAUUGAGGAACAGCUUUCUUUGUUCACAGCAGGGUAAGGGAAAUUUGUGAAAAUGCUCUAAUAAUUAUAAAUCAAACAGCUUAUCCGUUAGUCUUGUGAAAUAAACACAAAUAGCCUGACCACUUUGCAAUAAUAACAUUCUCCCGCUUAUAGAACUAACACAGGAAGAGCGUAAUCGGCUUGGGGUACUCAGGGGUAGGCCGUCUGUUAAAAAAAAUUAGAAAAUAUUUUUUAAAGGGGUCAUAUUAUGAGUUUUUUUUAAAGGAACACGCCCAGAUUUUGGGAAUUUGGCUUAUUCACAGUAUCCUCCAGAGUUAGAUGAGUCCAUACAUACCUU